GUCCUUUGUCUUUAUCUUUGUUUCUCUUGUAAUAAUAAUCUUUAACUUCUUCUUUAUAAUAUUCAGGUUCUAACCACCAUUUUGCUUUUGUUCUUGCCACCCACCUCGUGCUAUUUGCUAUCCAUGUAAUUAUUUUCCCUUUCCUAUUGCAACACUCUGUUGUCUUUAUUAGGUCACUGAUUACUCUUGUUGAGUCCGCUCACUUCCCAAGUCCUCUGUACCUUGCACUGGGUGACAGGAUAUAUAUUUUCCUUCCACUUGGUGUCACUCCGGAAUCACGUUUCAACCAAGUGACUAACGUUGCUAAUUCGCGUUGGAUAACUUGUCAACAAACACCGGAAGCUGUCACGAGCCUGAGCUAUGGUAAAAAAAUAUUUAAAAAAGAAAUAAAAAAUUGAUGUCAAGUAGGGGGCCACAAAAUAUCGUUCCGCGGGCCACAAUUGGCCCGCGGGCCGCGAGUUUGAGACCCCUGCUUGAGUGUUUAAACGCUUUGCUAAGACCAAGCGGCCGCAUGCGAAUUACAGUCGUACUUGUUAAACAACAAUAACAACAACAACGACGAGAUAUAUUUGAACAAUCGUAUACUUGGUUAACAGCUGCAUCGGCUAACCUUUGCGAGCCACGGAAGUUUAUGCAAUGAAUGAUUAAUGAACGGAAUUGGUGCGGGGAGAGACUUGCCUGGAAACAAAAACAAGACACGGCCAACCGCGUGGCGUCUGCGUUGGGCAAGCAACGUGGGACUUCCCCCCGUGGUGCCAAAUUAUAGAGAGAGAGAGAACAAUACAACAUCUACCGUCAUCGCUAUUAAAAAUAAAACCAGGCAGGACAAUUGGCGUUGGUAAUGUGUGUGUGUGCGAUGGAAAGAGAGAGAGAGAUUAAUAUAAUGCUGCUGUGUGAUUGUAGAUUUAAACAUCCUGUGCCUUUUAAACCAGGUGAGGGCAUCAUCAUUCCUUAGGCUGUCAACGUGUCCCGUGAUGUAAUAUUAUUACGCUGAUGCAGCGCUAAGCCAGAGGACCGCGUUCAAAUUAAUCUCGAGCCGCUAUCAGGCUGGGCGGUUUCAUCAUAAAUUCCAGUGCUGAGAUCUUCACAAAAUUCCUUUGAAAUGACCAUUCAAAGAACCGUCAUCAAAUGGAGCCAGCCUUUUUAUUUCAACCUCCUUGGACACUAUGCCGAAUGGUCAGAAUUCUGCUGUAUUUAACAGAACUUUCAAAAUGAAAUUUUGCCGCAGUGUACUGGAGGUGUGAGUUAUGCUCAUUGUCCUCCUGAAACCCAUUUUCUGCAUUUAAAAUGCAAAUGUUUUUGUUUUUUAACUCAUUAAUUUGAACAUAGUACAGGCAAUUGCAAAGCCAAAGUAAAGUUUUGUAAAUCUAAAAUAUGCGAUGUAUGUAUUUGUUGAAAUAUUUAGCCGAUUUUAUUAUCCCAUAAUUGCAUUGAGGGAAAAAUAGUACAAAUGUAUAACUCUGACUUUGUAAGCUGUUAUUGAACAAGCUACUUUACUAAAAUAGCUAGAAAAUAAAGUUUGACAUGGAAGCCCAAGACAAGAAAAAUGUGGAAUCCAAAAUUAAGUCAUCAAAGGGCACAGAAGGACGUUUAGAACAAAUCAAGGACAUCCAACCUGCUGACGACAUAAAUCAGAAUGAUGUUCAGAAAAGCGUCCUGUCUGUGGAAGCACCUGUUGGUACGGAGGGCUCCGGCAUGGCUGCUUUAGAGGCCUCCCAGUAUCAGGUCGAUGUAAAAAGACGACCUGAUGACCUCCUUAACAACAACAGUAGCAGCACCAUGAGAUUUCCAAUCGACAGUGUGGUGCUUGGAUUUGAUGCCGUAGAAGAUGAUGGCAGUGAUGGCAUGAAGAUGGAGGAUGAGGAGGAAGAGUCUGGGUUGGCCAGCAUUAGUGCCAGCAGCCACAGCCUGGCAAGCAUUUGUAGCAGCGCGGACGUCGAGGCCCUGCUUGCGGAGGCGGCCAGCGAGUGCUCGCCUGAAGCUCCUGCAAGCGACGCCACGUCUUGUGCGAACGGUGGCACCGUCGCUGGUGGCGAUGGUGCCACUACCUCCGUUGGGCCAGUGGCUGCAAGCGCUGAUCUCUCAGUCGCAGCAGUAGCUGGUGGACAACCAAGGCUCGACAACAAAGACUUAAGUUCCAGUGGAAAGGCCCAGCGUGAUGAUAAAGUAUACGGCAAUGUGGAGGCCGCCACGCAUCGAGGAGGUGAGAUGGAGGGUAGGGUGUCGGCACAGGAGGACAGAGGCAGCGCCCUGCAGUGUUUGCUCACUGGACUGAGAGGGGUGACGCAGUCUGCUGCCGACAAGUUUGCUCUUCCGCAACGCGUCCACCAGAUCGCUGAAGUUUAUGCCCAGAAGCAAGAGUACGACGAGGCCAUUCGAUUCAUUGAGGCGGAACGGCUGUGGCUGCACCGUGCGCUGCAAGGGCUGACCACUACGCUCCAAUGCUGGAAGGAUGCAAGGAAGGAGCUGGGAGAGGCAGCUCAGAGACGUGGUGUGGGUGGAGCACCUGGCAGCUCUCUCCCUACUCUGCCGGAGUACGAAUUUGAGGGACUGCUUGCUGCGUGUCGAUCUCAUCGCCAAGUUCACAAUGCUGCAGAUACAAAGCAGGAAGAGACAUCUGGAGAAGCGUUGGUGGGAGUCGUGAGUUUGGAAACUGCCACCCAGUCUGCUGCCACCAUGGCCAGCCAAGUCAGCGCAGACGCAACAAAAUCAAUAUCUUCACCGUCUUCACCACCGCAGCUGCUGGACGAUAGCCCUCCUGGGUCUCUCCAGGAUGCAAUGGAGAGACAGGCUGUAACGGAGCCCAUUAACGGAGCUUGCAAAUCGCUGGAGCUGGACACCGAGGGAAUUUCGACGACCACUGAAGAGCAGAGGGUAGCGGUCGCGCAAGCGGCCGAGGGGUCCACCAGCGGCGCACACGUAAAUCACGGAACAGCGUGGGACACGGAGCUUUUGGAUGCACAAACAUCACCAAAGGUUCAAGGUCCUGCCGAGGACCAGAGGCCCUUGGAGUCGACGGUGAAAUCCACGGACCUCGGAAGCGCUCUUCAUGCACCCGGGGAAGUGAUUGUGUCGAGGGUGGCGGCCGGGGCAGGAGCCGCCUCUCAAAAACUGCUCCGCGACGGAAGUCCGCCCGCGUGUUUGGACGUGCGGUGCGGGGAAUUCGGCCACGUGAUGAGGAUCCCACCACCCGCGUACGCGCUGCAACCGGAAGAGGCCGACGAGGCUGGUGAAGGGCCACCGGAGGCACUGGCCACCGAGCCCAGUUGCCCAUCCCCGGCGGCAUCUGGAGAUGGAUUGGUGGAGACGGCUUGCGGUCGCAGUGAGAGUAGAGGCAGCCGAGUAGAUGGGGCCACCAUCGACAGCCUCACCGAGCCAAUGACAGGUGAAGAGGAGGACCCAGAGCGAGCGGAGGAGACGAAGGAGGAGCAGGAGGAGGAUGAAGAGGAGGAAGAGGAGGAGGAGAGCAUGGAGCCCAAGGCGAUGGCUCUGUGCACAUUGGCCACGAAUGGGAUGCGUUUGCAGGAGGGAGAUGAAAUGGCGGAACUGGACGAAGAAGCCAAGAGGAUCAAGAUCGAGCAGUGGGCACGUCCGCAGAACCUCACCUCCAUUCUAAAGAAGCGCGGGAACGAAGGCUCUGUGAAGGACGGGGCGGACCGCGGCCGCACGGGGAGGCGCGUGCGGUUCUCCUACCCGGACAACUCCGCAGUGGAGCCAGACACAGAGGAAGGAGGCGCCAGCUGCCUGCUACUGCUGCUGCUCAUGCUGGGCACCGUGCUGGUGAGCGUCCUGGGCACGGCUUUCUACUGCUACCUGUUCGCCGACAGCGACGUGGAGCGGACGUUGGGAGAUUCGGACGCGGCGGCGACGGCCCAGGCUUGCGCCGACUUCCGCGCGCAGACCAAGGUCUACUACGGCCGCGCGGCUCGCUGCCUCUCAGCCACGGCCGAAGCUCUGCAGCAUUGCCUCUCGGCUGCGUCAGGGUGGCUCACAUCGCACCUCAACGCAACGUCGGUUUGACAAAAACAACCACCCUCCCACCCCCUCGCCUAAACAACUUUGCGACGAAUCCACUGUUGGUCCCGUAUGGCUGCCACCAUGGCGACUGACUCCUGCGCGAAUGGCUCGCGUGAAGAGCUCACGCACGCGCCGCCUCUGUUUUGCAGCCUCUUGGUGAGAUUUACAGCAAGCGGAGAGCACCAGCGUCACGGAGGGAUGUCAAUGGGAACAUGUGUUUAAAGCGCCUCGUGCGGGAGUGGAUGCCGACUUCAAACAGAGUGCUUUGUUGGUGUGCUCCAGAAGCACUUGUAGCAAGCGUGGACAUAAAUGGAGUUUUGGAUGCAAAGUGGGAGGGAGGGGUGGGUAUAGUGAACAUGGAACUGUUAUGUUUUUCAGUCGUUCAACCACAACAACAACAAGAAACAAAACAUUCUGAUUACAUUUUUAUACAUGUGUAAUUGAUGUGUUUUGGUUAUGUUUUAUUUUUGUUUAUUUAAUGAUGGUGUGACUGUGCAUCGUGGUUUGGUAGGAACUGGAGGUGGUGGGGGGAGGGAAAGAGCUCUGCGUGUGCUAUAUUGUUGUGGUGAGCCUCAUGGGAGCUGGAUUCCUGAGAAACGCUUUACGGGACCGAUGUUGGAACACGAGGUAAAGCGUCGCGAGUUCCGCAUUCUAGAUGGGGCACCUUGGGAGUUGCCCCUGUGACUACAUUUUUAUAUUUAAUAGUUUUGUGAACCUUAAAUUGCACGGUGCUGUCUUGGUUCCAGAAUAAUUAUUUAGCGAAGCCACGUGCAGGCUGCGAUAGUAAUUGCAAUCAUAGAUGGAUAAUGCUACAUGUAUUAAAUAUGAUCAUUUUAAUAAGUAAUUUAUCAAAGUACUAUAUUAGAAUGUGUAGUAUUUUAUUCCUAAUCGUAUAGAUCAUGAGAUAAAUAUAAUUAAGGAAUAUUAUUGUUAUAUUCUUGGUUCUUUCGGUAAAGUCACAUAGAAGGGAAACAAUAAAAUAAUAAAAAAUAUCCCUGCAGUCACGAAAGCUUUAAAUCAAAAUAUUAUUGUUAUCAUCAGAGAAAUACCGCUAACAAUAAUACAUUGUUGAUUGGAAUCCAGUAUGUAAACAUGACAUUUUAAUAUACAAACAGAAGAAUCUAUAGCUUUCCAAUUAUAGCAUUCUUGAUUUGAACAUUCACAUAAACCUUAUGGAAUGCAGUCAGGGUGGGUGGGUGGGAUGAGAGAACCAUCCACCAAAUUUUACAUUGCCAACGAAAGUGCAAGAGUAAGACAUUUUGUACAUACAAUUCCAUGGGCCAAAGUAGGGCUGUGUGCAGUGUUAGCGUCUUGUGAGGGCCCACCUUAAAGUCAGCUAGGAUCGCAAAAAUGUGCGUUCCCACAAACCCGGGGGGGAGGGCACAGAGUUGGGGGCGACCGUUGCAACAGCUGGAGCGGUUUCACUGCAGCGUGGGGCUCCCGAGCUGAGCAAGCCAUCCUGGGAAUCCCAGACGCUAAACGUUCUCACAAAACUGCACGUUGGUAAAUAAUAUUAAAUAUUAAGUAAUAUCGAACCACUCCUGGAUGAAGAAUUCCCUGUGCCGCGCAUGUCAUGGGGCGCUGUUAAUAUCACAAAUUGGGUUGGUGAAGACGGGGAGCCAUAGACGUAGAAUUAUAGUACAGUACAAUGGGUUUUGCUGCACUGCUGUCCGUUGACACCUUAGCCGCGUAGCAACCUACAACGCCUGUAUUUAUGCAUGGUGGUGGUGGUCACCCGUGGGGGAUUGUUUGCCCAUACUUCACCAUGCUGGUCCGUGUGGGUUGACGAAGGGGGUGACGCCCUGGGCUGGUUCAUAAAUCACGUGCCCCCUAAUGUUAGCCGUGGGCCAGCAAUCCCCACUCGGGUUGCCAGCUUCAUAGCGCGGUGCGUGAACCACCGCGCCAACCAAAACAUACACCGGUAUCGGACUUUUCAUUGAUUUAAAAUAACAACCCUUAAAGCAAGCUUGGUAAACGAUAAAUGUGACCUUAGAAAUAAUUGUGUGAUAAAAUGAAUGGAAUGUUGAGAGAUUUUGAUCGCAGUCCAUUUCAAAUUGCGAUCGAUAUGGCUUAUACACACACAUACACACAAUGUGUAUACAUUUCUACACAUCCACUGUGUAUACAGAACAUAAUAGCUGCAAGUGAAAAUGUGUGUAUAUGUAUAUCGUAUGUAGUAAUACAAUUAAAACCGAUUAAAUUGGAAUAUUAUCUUGAGCUGCAACAAAGGAGUGCCCCAUUUCCUUGGGCAUUCCUCAGACAUUUUUGGUUUUCUGGGCCCUCUGCAUAGUUGCUGAAAUAUAAAAACUAAAACUGAAUCAUAUUGCACACAGUUGUGGUAAUGUCCAAAACAAAUGUUCAUGACACAUUUACCCAUUGACCCAUUUAGCUGCUGGGACAUUGUUCACGUUUUAAAAGAUAACUAAUAAGAAAUGUAUAUUACAAAAAGGACAAGCUUACACACGUCAGGAACACGUUUAGGUGUCUCUAGCAGUGCUGUACUAAUCAGUAGAAUUGUAACAAUUGUGAACCGUUUCACUUCUGCUGCAAAACACAACCCCUCAAAUGAAUUGGAUGAAUUGUUAGGAUACAGAGUCACGAUGCGAUUCGAAAAUGCGGUCUUCUUUUAAAACGGCCGGUGAAUGUAGCUGCCACUAGUUGUAACAAUGGCUCCGUUACGUACAAAAAAUGUCAAGAUAUAAAUUGUUACGCGCGUGAAUCGAUAUUAAAGGUUGCAUUGGUGCAUUGUCACACCUCGGUUGAGUCACCUCUUGCUAAGUUUCAUCAGGAUGGGUCCUAUUUAAUGAUGGAUUUGGUACCGAUCACUUGGUGGAUCUGAAUGUCAAUCCAGUUUUCUGCAAGUACACUUGAAAAACACUUCCCUACCGUGUUCAAUAAAGCUCCUUUAUUAUAAUAAUAAUAAAAAUA